AUGUGUGGAAGAUACGCACUUGCUAUGCGGCCCUCGCAGUACCGCAGGUAUCUCGAGGAUAGGGACAUGCCCGUUUGGGAUGCUCCCGGAGAUGAUGCCGGUGACUCUCCUCGCCAGUCAUACAACUUCGCGCCCGGCAGCUAUGGCAUGGUGUACCGGGCUGAUGUUCCUGACCGCGGAGCCCGGCCUGGUGGGUCAUCUGACGGAGCCGAGCCCUCGGAAGUGUCGAAAGACGCGGAGCCCUCCGAAAGCCUAGAGGCCGCGGUAGCCCCUUCUGAGACUGAGCAGGAGAGUGAAGACCAUGAUUGGGUUGAUGUCGGCACGGAAACCGAACAUGGUACUCCCAAGAAAACGAAGAAAACUCCUUCCACCAAGGAUAUUUCCUCACCAACGAAGCCUACCCACGACAGCUCAAGGUACAAGCUUCAGGCAAUGCGCUGGGGCCUCAUUCCUUUCUGGACGAAGCGUAACCCUGGCUACGCCUCUGUCAUGAAGACCAUUAAUUGCCGCUCCGACUCUCUCAGUCGGUCUGGAGGGAUGUGGACUACGAUGAAGAUGCGGAAGCGGUGCGUUGUUGUGGCUGAUGGCUUUUAUGAGUGGCUCAAGGUGGGACCGAAGGAGAAGAUACCGCAUUACAUCAAGCGGAAAGACGGCGGGCCGAUGUUAUUUGCAGGUCUUUGGGACUGCGUCACCUAUGAAGACUCGGGAGAAAAAAUAUACACUUAUACAAUCAUCACCGUUGACGCCAACCCAGCAGUCCGAUUCAUCCACGACCGGAUGCCCGCCAUCCUUGAGCCCGGCUCCCCAGAACUCAAGGCUUGGCUCGACCCAUCACGAUGCACGUGGACGCGAGAGCUGCAAGACGCACUCCGACCCACUACCACCGAACUCGAAGUCUACCCCGUUCCCAAGGAGGUCGGCAAGGUUGGCAACGAUUCACCGAGUUUCGUGAUUCCCGUGUCCAGCAAGGAGAAUAAAGGCAAUAUUGCCAAUUUUUUCGCCAAGGCCGGGACGAAGAAAGAGGAAGGAGCCCAGGUGAAGAAGGAAGCCUCCAGCACAUCCCAAAGUCACGACGUGAAGAAAGAUGUGCACGCUGUGGCCCACAAGAGGGAGGCUUCCCCGGCGUCGCCCGCUGUGGCGCCUCCAGCCAAGGUUUCCGUCAAGGAAUCGCCGCGGAAGGCCAAGAUCAGUGCGACGAGUAACCGCAAGGGAAGUCCGACGAAGAAGAGUGAGAGUCAAGCGGGACCCGGGAAGAUUACGAAGUUUUUCACCAAGACUUCUUGA